AGAAUAUAAACCAUUGUACGAGGUUUUCUCAUUUCCGCUGUUGAAAAUGAGUUGUUAGUAUGCAUCAUUUAUCUGAUUAGUUGUUUGGAUUAUAUACCGAGGAAGGUUAAAAUGCCAGUCCGGAAAGAUUGUAGUCGUGCUCUUCAUAUCUUAACGAAAUACAAACGUCAGUUAGAUGAAAAAACCGACAGGUCCUUUCGAAACGCUGUUGAUAAAUUAAUAAACACAUUGGAAAGUCAAUUAUUUUCAUCACUAAUGGAUGUUCUGGAGGUUUACGAAGUUACUUUAACAGGAAACAAUAAAGAAUUUACGAGUGAACAAGCAUCAGAUUCAGUUAAUUUUUAUCACAGUGGAUCAAAUAUUUCUUCUGGUAAUCAGUCACUGCCAAAGCCUCUGAGCCCUGAUCGUAUUUCAAUGAAAGGGGAAUGGGAAUAUCUGGAUAUUAUACUUAAACGUGAUUCAGCCGCAGUAGGUGGAUUUGGUUUUAGUAUUGCCGGAGGAAUUGAUAAUCCUAUUACCGACUUGGAUCAUGGGAUUUAUGUCACGAGAAUAGCUCCCAACGGAUGCGCGGAUCGAGAUGGUAAACUAAGGGUUGAUGAUCAAAUCCUUAGUGUCAAUGACAUCAGUUUAGAGCAUGUUACAAAUAUGGAAGCAGUGAAAACACUAAGACAAGCUGGUAAUCAACUACAUUUAGUUGUAAGACGAUUUGUUGGUAAUACUGGAGUAACAACACCGGAUAGAACAGUUGUACAACAUUCUCCAUCCUUUCGAUCACCAGAAGUUAUGUCUGAUUUAGAAGACAGUGGUUCAACUCCAAUAUGGUACGAAGUCCAACUCCGUAAACCACAUUCAAAUUAUGGCCUCGGAUUCAGUAUUGCUGGUGGUCAAGAUGUUGAAAAUGAUAACUUCCCUUCAACUGGAAUAUUUAUUACACGUAUUAGUCCAGGUGGGUUAGCCGAUUUAGAUGGUCGUAUCAUGCCUGGUGAUCAGUUAAUGCAAGUGAAUGAAAUUGACCUAAGUCAUGCUACUCAUGAAGAAGCUGUUCGAAUACUUCGUAAUGCAGGUGAUAUUGUAAAUUUAGUGUUAACACGUCAACAAGUAGAGAGUUUUGAUGAACCUGGUUCGUUAGAGCAUUCAACAAAUGCUGAAUCAACACGUAAAUAUCAAAUAAGCGGUAAUCGAAAACUUUCAUAACAAAUGCUUAAUAAACACAUGCAUAUCAUAUUUCUUAAAGUAUUUAUUGCACAAUCAUUUCGUUCUACAUCAAGAAAAACCUGUUUGUAAAUAAUUACGUACAUGUAUAUCAAACUUUUCAUAUCCUUUUUUAUGAUAGAGUACUGCUUUUCUAAAUAAAAUUAAUGAAAAUCUUUUAGAUUACACAAGAUUAUUUUCACCUGGGAUAGAUGUUCUUAUUUGUGUGUCAUCGAAGUUGAAUAAUUUGUUGGAACUCCAUUUUUAUCGUGUUCACUUUAAAGCUAUUCCUUUUGGUGACAAUAAAAAAUAUGUAUUUGUUAUUAGGUUCAUGAUACAGUUGUUCACUGAAUAAUAAGUGUUAUAUAUCAGGAAGCUUAUGCAGAAUUCAAAAUAGUAAAGAGACAAAGUGUGUAACAGCACCACUUAGUUAUGUGCGUCCUAAAGUCUGACAAAGCAUCCAUCGACUUAUAAUUAUUAAAACAGGUUUAGAUUACUCAAUCAUUGAUAUUGUUUACUGAAUUUUUGAUUAUCAUGUGUUCCUUCUGAGAAAAUCGCUUUGAUAUAUCCACUUUUCUCAAGUUUUUAUGGGAGAAAUAGAUUUUGGCUAGCUGCGGAAUCCAGUACGCGCGUUCCGUCUUAACUGCGACUCGCCACUUGGGUAUACAAGCAUCCUUGUUAAUAUUAACUGUGAAACUCGAAUCCAGCACUGUUAGAUUCAAACGCCGAACGCGUAGUCCACUGAGCUACUUAUCCCAUUUACUUGUCAUUGGCGGUCGGAACUACUGAAAGAAAUAGCAAACACAAAACUUGGGUUCAUAUUUUUCUUAAUACUUAUCUUAAACAACUAGAUUUAGAACUAAAGCGUAACAUGUCGUGUUGUUUAGCUAAAUGAUUAUGUCGCGUCCCUUAAUCGGUAGGUUUUGAUUUCAGUUUGGGCUUUUAGAACGGCAAUAAUGUAGCUCAUUGGACAGGUAUAGGUUCAUUUACCUAACCAUGAGUCAAACAACGCGCAUACCUGUAGCACGUAGUAUUAGCGUUUACUUGGAAGCAGGAGUGAUCUGAAACAACAACACAACAGUCAGGACUGGUAAAUACCUCUGAAGUAAGAACGCGACGUACUGGCACACCAGAUAAUUUUUUUCAAAAUUAAAAGACGCGGUUCUGUACAAAAAGGGAAACUUAUUAUAAAAUGGUUUUAGCCACCGUUCUGCAGAUUCGGCUUACGUACGGUUUGUUUCUCUUCUACCAGUACAUUUACUCUUUGCUGCUCUGCAAUAAAAAAACAAACUCACGUAAGUAACGUCACAUGUAAUGAUUCUUGAUACUGUUACAUACUUUUUCGGUGUACUAGGUGCAUCUUAUCCUUGGUGAUACUUUAUUAGCCAAUCUAUUAGGACAAAUCCCAGCGUCAUAUUUCUACUGCUCAUUUUAUUUUUUUUUACAAAAUAACGCAUUCAAGUGUUUCAGUUCAGUUUUAUUUGAAUUAAAUCCAUAAUCUGCAUCAAGAAAUAAAUCAAAUACUUCAACAAAUAAAAUUUCAUUUUUUUUAAAGCUGUAUGAUUAUAUUCAUGCAAAAAGCAAUAUAUACUGAACAAGUUUAGUAUAUUGACAUUCGUAUAAACAUUUAGUGUAACGUUUGGGGCCCAGUUCAUAUUAUUUAAUAAAACAGCUUAGUCAGU